AUGAUCGUGAAGAACAUAUCGACACUUUUGCUUUUGCUCGGGCUUGUGAACCUCUCGCUGCAGGAUGAAGAGAGCCCGAAAGUUAACACGACACUGGGAUGCAUAACUGGUUACUAUAAGACGUCUCUACAUGGUAAAAUGUACGAAGCUUACGAAGGCAUCCCUUACGCAGAACCCCCGGUUGGAAAACUUCGGUUCCAACCACCUCAACCUGUGAAAAGCUGGGGAGGAGAUUUGUCCGCGACGAAAAAGGGUUCCGUUUGCACGCAGUAUACUUUGGCUGCCGUUGCACCUACCGAAGAUAGAGUCUUGGGUUGUGAGGACUGUCUGUACCUGAACAUUUACGUGCCUGCUAGGAAGGACAGUGAAAAAUUGCUACCUGUGAUGUUUUGGAUUCACGGUGGAGCCUUUCUGUAUGGUAGUGGAAAUGAAGCAAACGAGACACUAAUAAUAGAAAAUGAAGUUGUGUUUGUAACGAUGAAUUAUCGUUUAGGAGCAUUCGGUUUCCUUAGCACGGGAGACAAGGAAGUACCUGGAAAUAUGGGAUUGAAGGAUCAGAGCUUGGCUUUGCGUUGGGUGCACGACCAUAUUAAGAAUUUCGGCGGUGAUCCUAAUCAAGUCACGAUUUUUGGAGUGAGCGCGGGUAGUGCGAGCGUUCAUUAUCAGUAUUUGUCAAACUGGAGCGCUGGUCUUUUCCAAAGAGGUAUAUCGAUCAGUGGUGUAGCGCUCGAUCCUUGGGCACUGUCAAAGAAGUCUCCCGAGAUAGCGAAAAAAUUAGGAUCCGUCAUGGGAUGCUCGACAGCCAGUUCAGAGGAAAUGGUCAAUUGUCUACAAAAUCGUCCUGCGCGUCUAAUAGCUGAAGCUACUUCUAAGAUUUUGUAUUGGUUGGACACUCCUGUCGCUCCUUUCGCACCAGUCGUCGAGAAAGGAGGCGACAAUCCUUUCAUUUCUGAUACUCCUGCCAAUAUAAUCGCUAAAGGUGAAGCAGCAGAUGUUCCAUGGAUUACUGGAGUAGUUAGCGAGGAGGGAUUAUUCCCCGGUGCAGAAUUUAUCACCAAUGAUGGACUUCUGAAGCAGUUAAACGAUGACUGGGACAAUAUUGCACCGUAUUUGCUUAACUAUUAUGACUCUCUUCCGGUUAGGGAGUACAAAGAGGUAGCAGAAAAAGCUAGGAAGCAUUACUUGGGAUCCAGCGAAAUUAACAAAGACUCUGUCAUGCCACUGAUAUACAUGAUUGGAGAUCGAUUGUUCAGUGCUAAUGGCGCGAAUGCUGCCAAGUUACAGGCGAAGUAUAACAAGAGUCCAGUAUGGUUUUAUUUGUACUCGUACAGGGCAUGGACUAGCUUUAGCGAGACGCUCAGUCACUCUACUCAACACUUCGGUACAUGUCAUAGUGACGAUACACUCUUGGUGACGGACACAACGGUCUUGGCCACCACGAAGUCAGAGGACCUCAAAAUGCAGAAACUUCUUCUUGAAUUCUACACAUCGUUCGCCAUUGAGGGCAAGCCACAUGUCGGUAACGCUAUUUGGAAACCGUUGAAAUCUGAUGGAAAAUGCUUCCGAUAUUUGCACAUAGAUAAUCCGCAAAACAUAUCUAUGGACUCUAACGAUAAUUUCGCGCAGAGGAAAUUCUGGAACUCGAUCAAUUUCAACGAAAAUAAAAUAUACCGGGGAACUCUAAAAAAAGCUCAGUUUCUGCUAUAUCCGCGCACAGUUGCAACAAUGAUCGUGAAGAACAUAUCGACUAUUUUGCUUCUGCUCGGGCUUGUGAAACUCUCGCUGCAGAAUGAAGAGAGUCCGAAAGUUUACACGUCAUUGGGAAGCUUAACUGGUCUCCUCAGGACGUCUCGACAUGGCAAAGCGUACGAAGCUUACGAAGGCAUCCCUUACGCAGAACCUCCGGUUGGAAAGCUUAGGUUCCAACCACCUCAACCUGUGAAAAGCUGGGGAGGAAACUUACCCGCGAACAAAAAGGGUUCCGCUUGCAUACAGUAUAGUCCGGCUGCCCUAUCGGGCAGCAACAAUACAGUCUUUGGUUGCGAGGAUUGUCUGUUCUUGAACAUUUACGUGCCUGUUAGGAAUAGCAGUGAAAAAUUGCUUCCUGUGAUGGUUUGGAUCCACGGAGGAGCUUUUCAGGCUGGUAGUGGAAAUGAUGCAGACGAGACAGUAAUAAUGGAUAAGAAUGUUGUGCUUGUCACUAUCAAUUAUCGUUUAGGAUUAUUUGGUUUCCUUAGCACGGGAGACGAGGUAAUACCUGGAAAUAUGGGGUUGAAGGAUCAGAGUUUGGCUUUGCGUUGGGUGCACGACCAUAUUAAGAAUUUCGGCGGUGAUCCUAAUCAAGUCACGAUUUUUGGAGUGAGCGCGGGUAGUGUGAGCGUUCAUUAUCACUAUUUGACGAAAUGGAGCGCUGGUCUUUUCCAAAGAGGUAUAUCGAUAAGUGGUGUGACGCAAACUGCUUGGGCACUGACAAAUGAGGCUCCCGAGAGAGCGAAGAAAUUAGGAGCACUCGUGGGAUGCCCGACUGCCAAUUCAGAUGAACUGGUCAAUUGCCUACAAAAGCGUCCUGCGCAUGUCCUGUCUGAAGCUACCGCUAACUUUUUCUAUUGGUUCAUCUUUUCUCUCACUCCUUUCGCACCAGUCGUCGAGAAAGGAGGCGACAAUCCUUUCAUUUCUGAUAAUCCUGCCAAUAUAAUCGCUAAAGGUGAAGCAGCAGAUGUUCCAUGGAUUAGUGGAGUAGUUAGCGAGGAGGGAUUAUUUCCCGGUGCAGCACUUAUCGGCGAUCCGGAACGUAUGAAGCAAUUAAACGAUAACUGGGACAAUAUUGUACCGUAUUUACUUGUCUAUUACGAGUCUCUUCCGGUCAGUGAACGCAAGGAAGUAGGAGACAAAAUUAGAAACCAUUACUUUGGAUCCAGCGAAAUUAACGAGGAUACUGCUAUGCCUCUGAUAUACAUGCUUGGAGAUCGACUGUUCGGUGUUCCUUUGGAGAAGGCCUGCAGGUUAAUGGCGAAAGCUAAUAAGAGUCCAGUGUAUGUGUAUAAGUACGAUUUCAGAGCUACGAGGAGUCUGAGCGACCUAUUCAUUCCGUCUAAGAAGAAUUAUGGUGUGUGCCAUACUGAUGAUGUAUACCUUGUUGUCGACUUGUUACUCUCAACCUCCACUGAUCCAAAGGAUCUCGAAAUGCAGAAACUUCUUCUUGAAUUCUACACAUCGUUCGCCAUUAACGGCAAGCCACAAGUCCGUAACGCUAAUUGGAGACCGCUGAAUCCUGACGAAAAAUCAUUCCGAUAUUUGCAAAUAGAUACUCCGCAAUACAUAUCUAUGAACUCCAGCGAUAAUUUCUCACAGAAGAAAUUCUGGAACUCGAUCAAUUUCAACGAAAAUAUAAUAAGUUCAAAAUAGCCGGGAGAAGAAGGGG